AUGGUCAACGGACGCGGUCUGAAGCUGCCGACUGUAUCUACGAGAAUUUCGCUUGCAAGCUUGCGUCGUCAAAAUGGGGCCGGAGCGAGCGUGGAAAUGAACACACUCGGAGCCGGUGGCGGCACACCUCACGAUCAACCUCCAAGUCCGAAGGUCCCAACUCCAUCGUUGAAACCAGAUGAACCUACUUCUACUAGCCCGCCACCAAAUGCGGCUCAGGCGGAUAACAAUACUGGCGACGCACAUCUCAACAAUUUCGCGACGGACGUUGGCAAGUUGGGUGGUUCUCUGACGGCGAACCAAGUGAUCGAAUACUUCGAGAAGCUUGCCAUCGAGUCUACUCAGGGCAAACUGUCAAUCGAGACGGCACGGGCAGCGCCAUCUUCAACGGAAGAGCCAGGUACUGGUGAGAAGUUGUCAUCCAAAGACGCGUCCGAAGGGUGGUCCGAGUGCGCCAAGCAGGUCUGGGAACAUGAAGCGGCGACCGUGGAGAAAUGGAAAGAUGAAAUUGCUAACCUACUGAUAUUCGCUGGUCUUUUCUCUGCCGUCCUCACUACGUUCAUUUUUCCCUAUUUCCAAUCACUACAACCUCAAUCGCCCAAUACAACCACUGAGAUUAUCAACCUCUUCUCUGCGCAGCUAACGCUGUUGGCGAGUCAACGUGAAGUUAUAUUCCCGGACCCCUCCAUCUUGAACUCCUCUAUGUCCUCCUCGUCAAAUGGGCCACCAUCCAUACAGUCUCUCGCCAUAAAUGGCUUAUGGUUUGCUGCCCUGGGAUUCAGUCUUGGAGCAGCCUCAAUUGCCAUUUCCGUGAAUCAAUGGCUAAACUACCACAUGAUACGACCUGCCAGCUUGUCUCAGCAGAGCGUUCGCAUCUGGUACUUUCGACAUCGCGGUCUCCGCAAGUGGAGAGUCCCAUUCAUUAUUAGCAUACUGCCUAUUCUGCUACAGGUCUCGCUGAUCCUCUUCUUCGUCGGCUUGGUUGUGCUACUGUGGCCAUUCAGCACAGUAAUUGCGGGUCUCGUAUUGGUCGUGGUUGGUUUGUUGCUGCUGGUCUCUAUCGGGACUGCGCUCCUUCCUGCGAUCAUCUCGGACUGUGCCUACAAAUCUCCGCAAGCGUGGUGGUGGUUCAUAGUCAUCCGAUGGCUGAAGUGGAUCUCUCGGUCUUUUGUAGAUCUCCUGAACGAACAAUUGUAUUCACAGCGCAUUCAUAGGUGGCGGAGGUACCUCGAUGCCUCGCAGAAGUUCAAGGAUUGGAGAGGGUUCGAAUCGUACUUUGUUCGCAUGCUGAAGGAAAAGAACGAAACGAAGCUUUCAAUGCUCAAAAAGGCCGACGCGAUGAUCCUAGAUGAUUCCUUUUUAACUGAUGUUCUGAGGCCGUGUCUCAACGGAAGCGAUCCGAAUGCUGCUCUACCUGCCUUCUACGGCGUUCUCGAGCGCAGAGCUCAUUCUUCAGACCCUCAGGAACCGGAAAAGCUACAAUGGAAUAUUAGAGAACAUGAUGUACAGGCUGUCACCAUGAUGGGACACAUUUGUAUUGAUAUGUUCUUGAAGAUUGCGCAGGACAUCCCACAAUCUGAUGCGGAUCCAUCACUCUCCCCUCCUUCUCCGACUCGGCCCGCCUCGCAGGAGCAACUGUCUCAAAUCGAAAGGGAUAGAUUACGCAUCGUAGACCAUCUCUACUAUCUACUUCAAGCACUUCCACCUACGCAGCUCGAUGUCUAUCGUCGUCUCAGUGAGCUAUGGCAAUCACAGAAAGCGUAUCCGGAUCGGAAGUCCUACUGUGGAAUACUGAAUUUGAUAAGCUACUUUGCACCUAGGUAUAAGAGCAAACUGGAAAGAGAUGACUUCAAGAUGUUGCUCGCAUGUAUGGCCUCUAUACCCAAGAACCUGAGCUGCCUGAAGACUUCAAUUUUCCGCUUGUCGACCACUAUUCUCUCGCUUUCCAGGGAAUUGCAUCAAAGAUUUGACUGUGACGAACUUCUUGCUUGGCGUCGAUAUACAUUGGCGGCUGUUCACGACUGUAUCGAAGAAGGCGUGGAGGAAGCCAUUGUUUACAACGCCGACGAACCGGCACUAUCAUUCUCGCUCUUCACGCGCGAAAGUGUGAUCGUGUCCGACAUAGAUGCUGGUGUGCUCAAUCCGGGCCUAAUAAACGCGCUGGAUCACUUCGCAUCAAAAUGCCAAUAUCGUGAGACGCAUGACAGAAUUCAGGACGAUUUGUCGAGGUUGCGAAGCCGGUUGAUGCAAGUAGACAGUAAGUCGCUCUUUUUCUUUUUCGCAACUGUGCGUGCAGGACAAUUUGACUGA